AGCGAAUUUAGGAAAUGUUAAGAGAUAAAAAGCAACAGGCCAUAGUUUUAAAAGACUCAGGCAACCGAAAAGGUCUUGCUUAGUUUUGCACCAGGAGACUUUUCUAGGAACUGUACAUCUUGUCCUCCCUUUUAGAGCGAAGUGGACUUAGAGAAGAACUCUGAAGAUCCUAACAGGCUGGAGAUGACGGAACAUCACUAUAUUUCCAACAAAACAUCCCAACAUGCCUUAUUAUCUCAUUCUGAUUAUACCUGGGAAUAUGAAUAUUAUGAAUAUGGCCCAGUUUCUUUUGAAGACCUCAAGGCUCACAAAUAUUCCAUUGUGAUCGGAUUUUGGGUCGGCCUUGCUGUCUUUGUCAUUUUUAUGUUCUUCGUGCUGACCUUGCUGACCAAGACCGGAGUACCACACCAAGAGCGUAUAAAUUCUUCUGAGAAAAAACUCUGCACAAACAACUUUGUAGCUGAUUUCGGACAGCCGCUGGAUUCUGAGCGAAUUUUUUCUCAGCAACUGUUUCUCCAUUACUACAUCAAUGAACUUGAGGACACGGAUAGAACCAAGCAAAGUCACAAGGUGCCAGUUAUGGACACUAGCAUCCACUUCCAAGAAGUUAUUGAGAACAGUGGACGACUGGAAGAGGAGCUGAAUUGCCAUACGAAAUUCAACAUUCCUAACUUUGUGAAUUAUGAUUCUCUGGGUGAAGAUGACUUGUUAAUUUCUGAGCCAUCUAUCAUUUUGGAGAACAAACCAGUGAGUCAAGUCUCUCGCCAGAUUCUUGACUGAAGAAACUUGAGCAAAAUGUCAAUCCUUGCAGCUGGUAGCAUCACUCUCUUUGGAUGUCCAUUAAAAGAGAAUACCCUUUUCUUGUAUUUCCAUCCCAUCUUACCUUUAUAGGUUUCAGGACUUUGGCUAAUGAAACAUGCUUUAGUUUAGUGCAUGACAUGGGAUUGGUUUGGAAUGCAUUUCCUUCUUUAAGGUCUCACAUUUUUAAAUUUACACAUUUUGUUCUUUAGAACAGGGGUCCCCAAACCCUGGGCAGUGGCCCACUACUGAGCCUCAGCCUGAUCGGAAUUGGGCCGUGGAAGUGGUGGGCAAGCAUGCGCAUGGCUGGAAAGUUUGGGGACCGCUGCUUUGGAAAAACAAGUUUGAAGUUGCAGUGAGAUUCUGUUACACUCUAUACAAAGAAAAGCAUUCUAUCAACUUCUGUGGAGUCUAUAAAUUCCACAAUUCUCAUAGAACGUAUGUGCUGAAUUUAAACAGGCUAAUGUCAAGAUAGAAAAAAAAUUCUGAUGUCAAAGAAAUUGGGUGCAGUCAUAUUCUGAAAUAAAUCACCUCACCAUUACUGAUUUAAACCCUGUGUUAAAUGCUUGCAUUCACUCUUCUGCACUGAUGCAGGUAAUGUUGCAGCAAAGUAGCAUUUAUAAAGCACUGUGAUGUGAUGCGGUCAAAUGUCUUUAUGAAAUCCGGUUUUCAAUGUCUUGAGAGUCAUAUUCUACUUUAUAGGAAUAGAUGGAUGUCUGUUACUGUGCUUAUUACCCAUUAUACUGUACCAGAUAUUCCCAACAAGAGUGAAACUAAGAGCAAUAAAACAAAAAUUGUACUUA